CCCUGAGGAUUUCUCCGACUUGAUAACAAACACAAAACACGCACUGUCGUUGAUGGCAGUGUCUGCAGCGUGAAGAAUAGUGAAACAUUGUGAGGAUAUGAAUCCGUGGCUGACUUUGCGUGUGUUCGUGUAGCGGUCCGGCUUCAGCUGCUAGCAUAUUUCUCUUCGUUACAAGUGGCGGACUGGCUGCUCGCCGUUUUGGCGGAGGGAGUGUAAGUAAAUGAAAGCGUUGUUUGGAGCCGUUGAACAAAGAGCUUCUCUUCCCUCUACCAUUGUUACCAAGCGGAGCGCCUGUUUUUAACCGAUUCAAAGGCGGUUCGGACUGUAAAAGUGAGGGGCGGCCUGUGCUCCAGUCAUGACCUCCGGGAAUGGGAACACUAACAGCAGCCAGCCCAAUGGAGAGAGCAAACCAGCCCAGGCCCUAGUCAAGUCCCACAUCCUCACCCAUCUGAUCGAAGGCUUUGUUAUCCAGGAGGGUGCUGAGCCUUUCCCUGUGGAGCGUCCAUCUUUCUCAAUAGAGAGCCUAAGAAGAAACACAGCAGAUUCAAAGAUGGACAACAUCUCACCAAAGGAGAUGAAGUCACAGCAGGAGCCCAUGCUGACCUGUGAGCUGUGUGGCAGGGUUGAUUUUGCCUACAUCUUCAAAAGGUCCAAGAGGUUCUGUUCAACAGUGUGUGCUAAACGCUACAAUGUGGGAUGCACAAAGAGAAUGGGUCUUUUCCCAAACCGCAAAACCACCCUGGAGAACAUGAAGAAGCAAAGAGCACUGAACGGAAACCACAAAAACGGCAGUUUAGAGUCUAAAAAGAAGAAGCCUGCUACAGCUGCUCUGUCCACUGGUCACUCAGUCCACCCUGCACAGGGAGAGUCCAGUCAGUGUUCAACCUUGUCUGGCUACAAAAGACCCCUGACUCCCCUCUCACCUGCCCAGCGGGUGCCUACGACACAAGGCUCUGAGCAUCCCCUGCUGCCCCCCAGUUUCCUGCCCGGUGACCCUGCCCAGUGGAACAUAGAAGAUGUCUAUGAGUUCAUCUCCUCUCUACCAGGUUGUCUGGAGAUUGCUGAGGAGUUCCGUUCUCAGGAGAUCGAUGGACAGGCGCUGCUGCUGCUGAAGGAAGACCAUCUUAUGGGAGCCAUGAACAUCAAACUGGGUCCCGCGCUCAAGAUCUUUGCUCAGAUCAGCAUGCUCAAAGACUCAUAGACAUUCACACACUUCCCUACGAGGCAGCUCUACUCUUAAAGGACAAACACGAUGUACUCAACAUCACACACUGAAAAACACUGAGCUGAGUUCAGCUUCCAGGCCAGAAUGAUUUGAUGGACAUUUGGUCUUUGUCUGCUUACAUCGAGGACCUCAGCUGUUCAACUUGUUUUUUUACACUGUUACCUUCACUGUGCCACUACUUCAGGAAAACUUUUACCCAGGGUCAGGAAGUAAUGCUGCGUUAGGUAGGUUGUGUUGGGAAAAGGGUUGGAUUAAGAAUACAUUCAGUUUUUAUAGUUUGUUACUGUACCUUUAUGACUUAAGGUCUUAAGUUGAUUUGUUUUUAUAUUUCUGACUGGAGGAUGACCGUGAAGAUUGUGCAUCUGUGCUUGUUGUCACAGCCCAACAUUCUGGUAAACAUACUUGCUCAUACCUGCUUAGAAGAGCAGCAUCAUCUCUGCGUCCUGUACAGAGUUAGCCCUGAUCCAGAACCUUUGUACUGCCUAUCACUGUCCUGCAUUGCGCUCUCCUCACACUUUCGGCUUUUCCAUCAGUGAGCAGGUCAAAAUUUGUCACAGAGGGAAUAUUGGAAAAUAUAAAAUCCAAAAAUGGAAAAAUCCUGUCUUUCAUCAAAGUCAGCACAAACUAUGUGAAAUAUGAAACAAAGAAAACAGAAAUAAUAGAGGGAAGAUAAACUCCAGGAAAAGGACUAUCAUUUCAUUUUCAGUAUUACUGCAAUAAAGUGGCAGCACAGAGCUCACUGCUCUCCAGUUGAAGGGGGAAAAGUAGAUUUGUGUUAUUUCUGAUUUGCAGGUUUGUUGGGACAAUUAGUGUUUUUAUUCAUUGUGAAAAUUAAUUCUUGACCAGAGACAUAGUAGCUCACAAAAUAGUCUUCCACUUCAUAGGUUUUUAUAGAGCUUUUUUUGUUACAUGAUCUGGCAAUGCAGGCCGAUGAUAUUUUCUGUGAGGAGCCUCGAUGUCCAGAAUGUGUCUGUUAGCCUCAGGGCCGAGGUAUAAUUCAGCUGUUACAUGCUGUCAGAAAUAAGAAGUGUCUUCUGAGCAGCUACACUGGGAGUAGAACAAGAGGAAAAAGUCUGCCAUCACAGAACUGGACUGGGAUGCAAUAGUUUUAAAUAGGAAUGUUACAGGUAAUAAUUUCAGACACUUUCUGAAAGAAUGGCAGUUCUGAAAAUACUCUCUCCUUUAGUCUAUCAUCAGCUGGGAAGAAUUCUAUAGAAUCCUCCAAGGCCGUCUAAUGACAGACGUUGUAGUUUGCAGUAGGAGUUAUUUAUUGACCAACAACCUGCUCCUUCACAGUGUGCAAACUGUAUAGUUUCAAGUUGUUUGAAGGUGGACUUUCUCUUGUAGACCAUCUACAUCUCUGUUUUGUGCUAAACCUGAUUAAAGAUAUGACCAGUUGCUUAA